AUGGAUGCCGGGGGAGACUCCCGCACUAGGUAGCGCUCACGGAGAGAGCGCACCGUCCCCGUGGCACCGCGCACCGCCGCGGGGCGCACCGCCGCGGGGCCAAAGGGACGAUGGACUUCAGCCUGAUCCGGAGCCUCAUCAGCAGAUACUGUGUGGGGGAGGAGAUCUGGGUGGACAGUCGGACGGUGUAUAUCGGACAUAAAGAACCCCCUCCGGGUGCCGAGGCCUACAUCCCCCAGCGUUACCCCGACAACCGCAUCGUCUCUUCCAAGUACACCUUCUGGAGCUUCAUCCCCAAGAACCUGUUCGAACAGUUCAGAAGAAUCGCCAACUUCUACUUCCUGGUCAUAUUUCUGGUCCAGCUGAUCAUCGACACCCCCACCAGCCCCGUCACCAGCGGCCUGCCCCUCUUCUUUGUUAUCACCGUCACCGCCAUAAAGCAGGGCUACGAGGACUGGCUGCGACACAAGGCCGACUGCUCCACAAACGAGUGUCCGGUGGACGUGGUGCAGCAGGGGAAGGUGGCGAGGACACAGAGUCACAAGCUGCGGGUGGGAGACGUGGUGGUGGUGCGGGAGGACGAGACGUUCCCCUGUGAUCUCAUCCUUCUGUCCUCCAGCCGCUACGACGGGACCUGCUACGUCACCACCACCAGCCUGGACGGAGAGUCCAGUCACAAGACCUACUACGCCAUCCCCGACACCAUGGCCUUCAGGACGGAGCAGGAGGUGGGAUCUCUGCACGCCACCAUUGAAUGUGAACAACCACAGCCGGACCUCUACAAAUUCGUGGGACGCGUCAACAUUUACAAGGACAAAGACGAGCCAGCAGUGAGGACACUGGGAGCGGAGAACCUGCUCCUGAGAGGAGCCACGUUGAAGAACACGCAGCACAUCUACGCGGUCGCCGUCUACACCGGCAUGGAGACCAAGAUGGCCCUGAACUAUCAGUCCAAGUCCCAGAAGCGCUCUGCCGUGGAAAAGUCCAUGAACGCCUUCCUCGUCGUGUACUUGUGCAUCCUGAUCAGCAAGGCGGUGAUCAACACGGUGCUGAAGUACGCGUGGCAGUGGUCGCCCGGCCGGGACGAGCCCUGGUACAACCACCGCACCGAGGCGGAGCGCCAGCGGCCCGUGCUGAUCCGAGCCUUCACCGACUUCCUGGCCUUCAUGGUUCUGUUCAACUACAUCAUCCCGGUGUCCAUGUACGUCACCGUGGAGAUGCAGAAGUUCCUGGGCUCCUACUUCAUCACCUGGGACGAGGAGAUGUUCGACGAGGAGCUGGGCGAGGGAGCGCAGGUGAACACGUCGGACCUGAACGAGGAGCUGGGACAGGUGGAGUACGUGUUCACGGAUAAGACCGGCACCCUGACGGAGAACAACAUGGAGUUCAUCGAGUGCUGCGUGGACGGAAACGUCUACAUCCCUCACGCCAUCUGCAACGGGCAGAUCCUCAGCGCCGCCUCCAGCAUCGACAUGAUCGACUCCUCGCCGGGGGGGUACCGGAGGGAAUACGAGGACCUGUUUUUCCGGGCGCUGUGCCUGUGCCACACGGUGCAGGUGAAGGAGGAGGAGACGGUGGACGGCAUCAAGAGGGGCAUCCACCAGGGCCGGCCCACCUCCUUCUACAUCUCCUCGUCGCCGGAUGAGGUGGCUUUGGUGGAAGGGAUGAAACGACUGGGCUACACGUACCUGAGGCUGAAAGACAACCACAUGGAGAUCCUCAACAAGGACGACGAGAUUGAAAGGUUUGAGCUGCUCCACGUGCUGAACUUCGACUCGGUCAGAAGAAGAAUGAGCGUCAUAGUCAAGUCGGGUUCAGGAGAGUACCUGCUGUUCUGUAAAGGUGCCGACUCGUCCAUUUUUCCCCGAGUCGUGUCUGGAAAGGUGGAGCAGGUGAAGGCGCGGGUGGAGCAGAACGCUGUCGAGGGGCUGCGGACGCUGUGCGUCGCCUACCGCCGGCUGUCGGAGGCCGAGUACCGGGACGCCUGCGUCCGCCUGACCGAAGCCAAGCUGAGCCUGCAGGACCGGGAGCAGCGGCUGGCGCAGGCCUACGACGCCAUCGAGAGGGAGCUGGUGCUGCUGGGAGCCACGGCGGUGGAGGACAGGCUGCAGGAGAAAGCCGCCGACACCAUCGAGUCGCUGCACAAGGCCGGGAUGAAGGUGUGGGUCCUGACGGGGGACAAGAUGGAGACGGCCGCCGCCACCUGCUACGCCAGCAAGCUGUUCCGGCGCAGCACCCAGAUCCUGGAGCUGACCAAGAAGCGCACGGAGGAGCAGAGCCUGCACGACGUGCUGUUCGAGCUGAGCCGCACCGUGCUGCGGCAGCGCUCCAUGUCCGGGCUGUCGGUGGACUGCCAGGACUUCGGCCUGAUCAUCGACGGCGCCACGCUCUCCGCCAUCCUGAAGCCCGGCCAGGCGGCCGUCGUCCACGGCAACUACAGGGAGGUUUUCCUGGAGAUCUGCCGCAACUGCAGCGCGGUGCUCUGCUGCCGCAUGGCGCCGCUGCAGAAGGCCCAGAUCGUGAAGCUGAUCAAAGCCUCCAAGGAGCAUCCCAUAACCCUCGCCAUCGGCGACGGAGCCAACGACGUCAGCAUGAUCUUGGAGGCGCACGUGGGAAUCGGCAUCAUGGGUAAAGAGGGCCGGCAGGCGGCCAGAAACAGCGACUACGCCAUUCCCAAGUUCAAGCAUCUGAAAAAGAUGCUGCUGGUUCACGGCCACUACUACUACAUCCGGAUCGCCGAGCUGGUGCAGUACUUCUUCUACAAGAACGUGUGCUUCAUCUUUCCCCAGUUCCUGUACCAGUUCUUCUGCGGGUUCUCCCAGCAGCCGCUGUACGACACGGCGUACCUGACGCUGUACAACAUCAGCUUCACCUCGCUGCCCAUCCUCCUGUACAGCCUGGUGGAGCAGCACGUCGCCAUGGAUACGCUGAAGAGGGACCCCUCCCUGUACAGGGACGUUUCAAAGAACUCGCUGCUGCGCUGGCCCGUGUUCCUGUACUGGACCUGCCUGGGCGUGUUCGACGCCGUCGUCUUCUUCUUCGGUGCCUAUUUCCUGUUCGACAACACCACCUUCACCAGCAACGGCCAGCUUAUGACCACCAACACACAGAUGAUGUUUGGGAACUGGACGUUUGGGACUCUGGUCUUCACUGUGCUGGUGUUCACGGUCACGUUUAAGCUGGCCUUGGACACGCACCACUGGACCUGGAUCAACCACUUCGUCAUCUGGGGGUCGCUGCUUUUCUACGUUAUUUUCUCCCUCCUCUGGGGCGGCAUCAUCUGGCCCUUCCUGAACUACCAGAGGAUGUACUACGUGUUCAUGCAGAUGCUGUCCAGCGGUCCGGCCUGGCUCAGCAUCAUCCUCCUCAUCACCAUCAGCCUGCUGCCGGACGUCAUCAAGAAGGUCCUCUGCAGGGCCCUUUGUCCCACGGCCAUCGAGCGAGCGCAGGAAACGGAGAAGCUGCUGCCGGGUCAUGUGACCUCGUGGUCCCCGCUGUCCUGUUGUCGCCCCGGCGACGGCGCGGGAGCCGACCCGUCCCACCUCCACCUCGGCGCUGCAGAGACGCGGUCCCUCCGCAGGGCCGAUCCUCUUCCGCAGAAGCUCCUGGCCCGCCUGGCGGAGGGCGGGGGGGAAGACCGCUGCCCCGUCAGCGUGGUCCGACUCUCGGGGGCCGGAUUCGUGUGCUACGCUCCCGGACCGGAGACCUCGGUCUAGCCGGGGAACAAACAAACAAAAAAGAAGCAGUUUCUGAAACUAUGUCUGAAAGAAACAACGAAAACGACCAACGAUCAAGGAUUUCUGAAACCAAGCAAACAUGUUCACACACUUCAUUUCACCACGUGCAUUUCCUGGGCGACACCUGGGGGGACUUCCUGUCCAGGUGCCCUGACUCCGCCUUCUCACCAGUCUUUGUUUUGGCCCCGCCCCCUUCUCGGCCCAUUCAGAGUUCCCACUCGGGAGUAGUCCGGGGACUAAACGGGGGGCCACCUCCCGGACGGGCCCCCUCCUGGUGGGGAACCCACUAGGGAUGGGCGGUAUGGACUAAAAGAUUUAUCACAAUAAUUUCUGGCAUUUAUCCUGAUAACGAUAAGAAUGACGAUAAAAAAAAUACCAUUUCAA